GCGUGGGGCGGCAGAGAUUGCUGGGGCUGUUCGCUGCUCAGGUGCAAACAUGGGGUGCUUCACGUUCAUCAAGGUCAUGAUGAUCCUUUUCAACCUGAUCAUAUUUCUCGGUGGUGGGACCCUCCUGGGCAUUGGUAUCUGGGUCACAGUGGAUGGCAAGUCCUUCUUGGAUAUAUUUGGGUCGCUUUCAUCUAGCGUCAUGCAGGUUGUGAAUGUGAGCUACUUCCUCAUCGUCAUUGGGUGCAUCUUGGUGGUGAUCGGCUUCCUUGGGUGCUGCAGUGCCCAGAAGGAGAGCAAAUGUCUUCUGAUGAUGUUUUUCUCAGUGGUACUGAUCAUCUUCAUUGCUGAAAUUGCUGCUGCUGUGGUGGUUCUUGUCUACACAAGUGUUGCAGAGACGCUCCUGUCAGGAUUGGUGACUCCUGUCCUGAAGGAGAAGUAUGGGAAGGAUGAUGCUCUCACACAGAUCUGGAACGUCACCAUGAAUGAGGUCCACUGCUGUGGCCUAAAUAACUACACAGACUUUGAGAACUCCCCAUGGUAUUUACAGAACAGCUACACCUUCCCAAGUCCCUGCUGCAAGUCUGCGUCGCCGUGCACCGCUGCAGAGGCAGCACAAGCCAACGUCACGGGUUGUUUUCAUCAGAUCCUAGAAGAAAUCAGGACAAACGCAGACGUGGUGGGUGGUGUGGCUGCUGGCAUUGCUGCCCUGGAGCUUGCAGCCAUGGUGGUCUCUAUGUACCUGUACUGCUACCUGGACAAGAAGUGACCCUGCGAAGCAGCAAGAAGCCAUACCCUCCCCUGCCCUGUGUUGGGGUGCUCCUGAGGGCCCCGCUGCUCCCCGGGCCUGAUGCUGUCCCAUGCACUGUGAUUUAUAGCUGUGGUUUGAUCUACUGAGCUGGGAUCUGUAGAGUUUAUACAUUGUAUAUUUUUGUACUGAUACUCAUCUGUACAUAGAGAUUUUUGUUGUUUUGGAGGGAGGAGCGCUGGAUCUGAUCUGCUGAGGCCAGCAGGAGGUAGGGCACAGGCUGAGCUCAGGGCUGUGAAACAGGCGCUGGCCUGGCCCUGCCCAACCUUUGUGGGCAGGUGGCCGUGGUGCUUCUGCCAUGCUGGCACCUCCCUGUCCCCAGCCCUGUGCAUGGGGCUGGUGCUUGCCCAGGGGCUGACACCUGCACGCUGCUGGCCGGAACCCUGCUCUGUGCUGCCCCUGCCCUGACAUGAAGCGUAGCUCUGCUCCUGCACCCUGCUGUGAUUUCAGCGUGAAUUUGUGCUGUAAAGGAAAAGAAGAAAUGAUAAUAAAAAUCAUCUUGGAUAUAAA